AUGUCCUCCUUCGCCCUGCUGCGCUCGGCGCCCAGCCGCUUCCUGUACCCGGAGGUGAGCAGCCUGCUGUCGGAGGAGGAGGACGAGGAGGAGGAGAACGGCAGCGGCGAGAGCUCCGGCUCGGACGAGAAGCCCUACGCGCUGGAGGCGGGCGCCUACGGGCUGCCGGGCGGCCGGCGCGGGCCGGGCAAGAAGGGCGGCCGCGGCGUGUCCCGGGAGCCCCGGCAGCGGCACACGGCCAACGCGCGCGAGCGGGACCGCACCAACAGCGUCAACACGGCCUUCAGCGCCCUCCGGACGCUCAUCCCCACCGAGCCGGCCGACCGCAAGCUCUCCAAGAUCGAGACGCUGCGCCUGGCCUCCAGCUACAUCGCGCACCUGGGCAACGUGCUGCUGGCGGGGGAGGCCUGCGGGGACGGGCAGCCCUGCCACGCCGGCCCGGCCUUCUUCCACCGCGGCGGGGGCGGCAAGGGCGGCGGCAGCCCGGCCGCCCAGGAGAGCGAGGCCUCCCAGCCCAAGCAGAUCUGCACCUUCUGCCUCAGCAACCAGAGGAAGCUGAGUAAAGACCGAGAAAGAAAGACAGCCAUUCGGAGCUAG